UUUCAAAACCAUAUGGUACAUGUAUAGUAUUUGUAAACAAUAAUAAAACUUUGAAUAAUAUUUCCAUUAUGUAAACCAUGAUUGAUUAUAUAGAAGAAAUACGAAAAUGGAAAAUUUCUUAAGAAGACAGGUUUUGGCACAGUUUAAAAAAUUACAUCAAACAAGAAAAUUAAUAUUUAAUGGAGAUGAAAGAGCUCUUAUAGAAUCAAGAAAACUUAUAAACGAAGGGUUUAAAAAGAAUAAAUACUUGAAAGAAAAAUUAGAAAUACAAAAGGAAAUCCAGUUUGCUAUAGAUGUAAGGAAAGAAUUAGAAAACAAUGUUAUUCAAGCUGUGGAAACAAAACCUGGAGUUUAUGAAGCCAAUGUUCGAGAUAACAUUUUAAUGGAAAAUUAUAUGUUCAAUCCAGAUGCUGUUCUUACAAAACCUGCUAAAGGGAAAAAAUGUUGCAAUAGCGAAACUCAAGGUUCAAAAGAACCAAGUAAUAAUAUUCAAAAAAAAUAAAGCAGAACUUAUCAUGAAUAUAUACAUGUAAUUUAUUCUUACUUUGAUAAAAUUUAUAAUGUUAUAAAUUUUCUAUUUGCAAAA